CCGCGCGUCCUCGUACACGCACGAGCGCGGGCAGUGGGCGGGCGUGCGCUCGGAGGCGUCGCGGGAGCGGGAGCGGGGGCGGCGCUGCCCGCACCACGGCCCGCACCACGGCCCGCACACACUGGAGCACCGGCGGACACGGCGGCGCGGACACGCAUCCUCCCGGAGCUGCAGCGCGCACCCCCCGCACACCCCCCGCACACACCCCCGCGGAGCCCGGAUACAGGUUCUGACGGCAGGCCUUUUCAGAGAACUUGGUUGGCCAAAGAGCUCCACAAUCACACCUGGAGGUGUGAAGUGACUGCUGAAUGCCUCAGGUUCCAACUGACAGGGAUGAAGACAGGUGUGGUGUUUCUCACGGCUCUGCUGUUCCCUAGCAUCCAAGCAGUGUGUCCAGAUAAAGAAGUGGGACUUCAGCCGUGGAUGCCAGGACAUCGUGAAGACCACCGCAUUACCAUUGGUUACGGUCGGAGAGUAGUCCUCACAGCUUCAGCUACAGUCCACUCCAUCGAGAUUCUUAAUGGAGGAAAGCUGGUGAUUGCCGACGGCAGCCAGCCCAUACUGUUACGGACAAAACACAUCCUCAUAGGGAACAAAGGGGAGCUGCACAUUGGCAGUUCAGACUGUCCUUACAAGGGAAACCUGACCAUCUCACUGUUUGGAAGGCUUGACGAUGAUGACGAGGAACAUGGCUACUUUGGGAGGAAGUUCAUUGGCGUGGGAACUGGCGGGACCCUGGAAAUUCACGGCCAGCCAAAGCUGUCGUGGACGUUUCUGAACAAGACGCUGCUCCCCGGAGAGAUUGCUCAGGAUAACUACCUGCUGAAGAGGAGCUGGGGAAGGCGAGGAAUCAUUGUGCACGUGAUCAACCCCCACACAGCCCAGGUGCUGCAUGCUCACAGGUUUGACACCUACAAGAGUCCCAAUGAAAGCCGGAGCCUAGCAAAGUAUGUGGGAGAGGUGGAGGUGGGACUUAUCCUGGCCAUGGUGGUCAACGACGAGGCCUCUAACAAUCUGGAGGAUUCAGCCAAAAGGAUGCUGUCCAGGCUCGGCAGCCAACACAUCUAUGACCUGGGCUUCCGCCAUACUUGGACCUUCAUUGUGAAGAAAGGUGACCCUUCUUCUGCUGUGGAGCAUCACAGCCUCUACCAAGGAAUGAAAGCAUCGCCGGAGUCACACAGCUCUGCUGUUUUUCGUUCGGCUUCUGGGGAGCACUUCAGCGUCAACGCUAGUAGCUGCUGGCUACAAGAGGCAGAGUGGUCAGAUUGGUUUAACAGGGAUGAUGAGAGGGGAUCUGGAGACUGGGAGAAGCUGGACAUCCUGCACAGAACAUUCCCAGGGAGACUGUGCAACAAUCCUCUGGACAUCCAGGCUGAAACCCUUGAUGGUGUUCCUGCCAACCAGACAGGAGAUGUGAUCCACAGGAACGACAAAAACUAUGGCUUUGUGUGCCUGAACAAGGACCAGCCUCAUAGAGUCUGCCACAACUACAAAGUCCGCUUCUUGUGUGGAAAACUCGUUCAUCCACAGGCCUCCAUUUCAGUGAAAAUGUUGACCAACAGCACCAUCCUGGAGCUGGCUGACCAGCCAACAGGCUGGAUGCCCGGUGACCGGAUUGUUGUGGCCAGCACAGACUAUUCAAUGCACCAAACUGAGGAGUUCACGCUGAUACCCUGCCCUACCUGCAAAUCUCACCAGGUGAAGGUCAAAGGUACUGCCUGGUUCCUUCACAUGGGUGAGGAGGUGGACGGCGUGGACAUGAGGGCGGAGGUGGGCCUGCUGACUCGGAACAUUCUGGUCCGUGGAGAAACAGAGUCUGGCUGCUACAGCCACAAUGCCUGCAAGUUCUUUAAGUUCGACACCUUUGGAGGACAUUUGAAGGUGGAGCGGGGCUUCAGGGCCGUUCACAUUGCAGGCGUGGAGCUCCAGCACAUGGGCCAGCAGACCAUGGGUCACUACCCCAUCCACUUCCACAUGAACGGAGAUGUAGACGAGAGGGGAGGUUACAACCCACCUACCUCUGUCAGCCAUGUGUCCAUUCACCACUCGUUCUCCCGCUGUGUGACCAUCCAUGGCUCCAAUGGUCUGCUGGUGAAGGACGUGGUGGGCUAUGACACACUUGGGCACUGUUUCUUCAUGGAGGAUGGUGCAGAGGAGAGGAACACGUUCCUCCAUUGCUUAGGGCUGAUGGUUCGAGCAGGAACCCUGCUGCCCUCAGACAGAGACAGCAAGAUGUGUCGGGACAUCACUGAUGGAGCAUACCCAGGAUACGUGGCCAACCCCCGCCAAGACUGCAGCGCUACUUCAACGUUCUGGAUCGCCAACCCCAACAACAAUAUCAUCAACUGUGCUGCUGCAGGCUCUGAGGAGACAGGUUUUUGGUUCAUCUUCCACCACGUUCCCACCGGGCCCUCGGAAGGCCUCUAUUCCCCGGGAUACAGCGAGCACACACCCAUGGGGCAGUUCUCCAACAACAGAGCCCACUCCAACUACAGGGCCGGAAUUAUCCUGGACAAUGGAGUGAAGACCACCCAGGCCAACAAUAAUGACAAGAGACCCUUCCUCUCACUUGUUGGCGCGAGGUACGGCCCUCACCAGGAUUCAGACCCCUCCAAACCCAGAGUCCCUGCCCUCAUCCAUCACUUUGUGGCCUACAAGAACCAGGAUCACGGGGCUUGGCUGAGGGGGGGAGAUGUGUGGCUGGACGACUGCCAGUUUGCUGAUAACGGCGUUGGCCUCACUCUUGCAAGUGGAGGAACAUUUCCAGAUGAUGACGGAUCUCGUCAGCAGGUGAAGAACUCCCUGUUUGUGGGUGAAAGUGGGAAUCAUGGGAUGCCUCCUCCAGAGAGCAGGAUGUGGGGCCUGGGAGGAUCGGAUCUUUCUGAGAGGACACUCCCUCGUGGCAUAGAUUUUCCCAUCCGGGGCAUCCAGAUCUACGACGGGCCGAUCAAUGUGCAGAACUGCACGUUUCGUAAAUAUGCAGCCCUGGAUGGACGACAUACCAGCGCCUUUGGUUUCAGGUUCAACAACUCCUGGCAGAGUUGCCCCAACAACAACAUCAGUGACAUCACCUUUGACCACGUACCUAUCACGUCUAGGGUGUUUUUUGGGGAGCCGGGUCCUUGGUUCAGUAACAUGCAGAUGGAUGGCGACAAGACAACCAUAUUCCACGACGUUGACGGCUCGGUUAGCGAGUAUCCCGGAGCCUUCCUGGUUAAAGAAGACAACUGGUUGCUCCGUCAUCCCGACUGCAUAGAUGUUCCUGACUGGAAGGCUGCUAUCUGCAGCGGUCACUAUGCGCAGAUCUAUGUACAAACUCGAAACCCUGCCAACCUGACCAUGCUCAUGGUGAGAGACGAGUACCCGGACCAGCCUUUGACACUAGAGGGUGCUCUGGGGAAGAAGAGGCACUACCAGCAGUUCCAGCCAGUGGUCAGCCUAUCUAAAGGCUACACCAUCCACUGGGACUGGACGGCACCCGCCGAUGUCACAGUCUGGCUCAUCAACUUCAACAAAGACAACUGGAUUGAUGUAGGUCUCUGCUACCCACAAGGCACCAGCUUCACCGUCAUCUCUGACAUCCACAACCGCCUCACCAGGCAGACCCGGAAGACCGGUAUCUUCAUGAAGACCAAUGCCAAGGAGAAGAUCAACCACAUGCACCAAGCCAGGGGAUACUACUAUUGGGAGGAGGACACUGGCCUGCUAUUCCUGAAGGUGAAGGCCCACAAUGAGCGGGAACCGUUCGCCUACUGCUCCAUCAGAGGUUGUGAGAGGGUGAAGAUCAGCGCCCACAUCCCAGAGGGAAGCCCGCCCAGCGACUGCCGGGCCCGGGCCUACCCCAGACACGCCCAGCUGCCCGUGGUGGACGUCCCCAUGCCCAGGAAGAUCCCCAACACCAGGCUGAACUCAGCGGACCACUUCCUGGAGGUUAAACUGGAGUCCUACACUUCUCGCUUCUUCCACCUUAAGGAGGACUAUGCUUUUACCGAGGUCAACGGCAGGAAGCUGUACCAAACUGAAGACGGGCUGCAGCUGACCGUCAUUGAUGGACGUGACGGGGAAGUGGUGGAGCGUCAAGUCUUCAGAAGCUCCGUCCUGCAGGGUGUCCCGGCGCAGCUGGACCGCUACGUCCAAGGACUGACGGAGGGGUGUAUCAUCCUGGUGACGUCUAAAGGCCGUCUGGUCCAAAGAGGAGCCUGGACAAAGGUCUUAGAGAAACUCGGAGCAAAGACCACCGUAAAACUGAGGGACAAACUGGUCUUCGUGGGUUUCAAGGGCUCCUUCCAGCCAGACUGGGUGAGUCUGGAGGUCAACAGCAAGUGGGCCAAGAUCCACCAGGUCCUGCCGGUCCCUGUAGUCUACAAGACGAAGCUGUAAAAGGCCAGCGAAGCACAGGGGACAGCGGAGUAACACCCACCGCCCACCGCGAAAACUACAGCCAAACCCCUGACCACAGAUGUUCCAACACAGACUACACCUGCACCUUUGGAUCCCGAGCCUUUAAUCCAGGACUGGAAAGCUGAAGAGCUUCUUCUAGCACCAGCUCGGUUCCUCCCAGCCUUCUUUCCAGGACUGUGGAGAUGGAGACCAAAGGUACGAUUCACAAAGCAGGUUGUGUAGCAGCAGUUUGUUGUACCUGAACUCAGGAAACCCAGUUUUCCCAUUUCACGCAAGGUUCCUUAACCCCGACCACAAGAGUUCAGUCGAUCCCGUUUCAGAAAUCGAGGAAACUUGGGUCUGUUACCAUGGUAACUGACUCUCUGAAUUAAACCUAGUCAAGAGCAGAUUUACUUCAAAAUAUCUGAGUUACCUUCUGUCUCCUGCCCUUCAUGAAAAUGAAACCAUUUCAAUGUAAUCAAGUGAUCAUAUGUCAUUUUAGAGAUAUCCGAACGAUGACAUGACGCAUUUGUGUCAGGGAAGAAUAUUGAUGCUAUGAAUAGAUAUUGUAAUGUCUUGUACUUGUGACAUCCUGAUGAUCAAGUAGCGUUGGGUCUUUUCAGUCCGUCUACAUCACAUAUAUUCAUACUUCACAUUAAAUACCUCGAGUUAUUGAUUUUAGCAGCUGUUAUUCAGUUGUCUUAAUAGCGACGUGGACCAUUAGAAAGUGAGCGAUGCAGAACUGAGAGAAAAAGUAUUCCCUCCACCUCUUUUUUUCAGCUCCCACAUAGAAACGUUCCAGUAGUUUUUUUUUUUCAGGAGCCACAGAGCCGUCACGUAAUUAACAAGAUUUAAAGGUUGAUAACAUUAAUUGUUGUAACAUUAGUUGUAGAUGUCUCCCUGCCUCAAUACACCUGAUUGGAAUGAAUGGUGGUCAUCAACUUGUCACCAAGGUCUGCACAAGAACUGAUGCAGUCGUCAAUAACAGGGACACGUCCCAGACGUGCAGGACAGCCGUCCUUGAAAACCAGGGCUGGGGACCGACUUCCUCUUCAGAAGUUUCAGGAUUUUAUCUUGUCCUCCAGGAUUGAAGCUACAUGGAAGUGCUGAGACUUCAGUUGUCAGUUGUGAUCUUAUAAACAGCUGUUAAAUAUUUGAAUUUGUCUACACAUUCACACUCUCUGCAGUUCUCUUUUUCAGCACUCACGUUUCGUUUUAGUCUGAAAAUGUGUUUAUUAUAUGAUUGCACUAAUAUAUUCAGUUCUAGGAACUAAAACAGGAAGCUCACUUACACUUAACUAUGCGUUUCCAUGGUGAAUCCCGGUGUCAGAGCUCCACUGAUGAUGGCUUUUCAUUAUCAUGGUAACUCAGGCUCAACAUCCUUACCAGCGCUGAACAACCUGUUCUGAACCCAAAACCCCAGAGUUAGUUGAAGUUAGUUUUGUUGGACCUCCUUUCUGAAACAGGCCCGUCUCUGGUGCAGUUCUGGUUCUGGCAGGAGAUGUUCUGCUUUGGUCCAGCCCAAACCAGUGUGAAGUGUAAAUGCAGGCUCAUUAGGUCCAUAAUUCAAAGUUGUGUUGACUACAGGAUGUGAAGAGUGAGGGUCACCAUGAUGAGGUAUUCUGGUAAUAUAUAAGUCCUGAUGGUCAAAACACUCUGGGUUCUAGUUUUCCAGCUCAUCGUGACACAAGUUUUAACACACUAAAUGUAGUCGUGUUCAUAGGUUAUGCUGGUGUCUAAUCCAACAUUUUUCUGUAUAAUAACAUGGUAAAAAGUCAUCUGAUGGUAGCAGGUCUGAUUAUCAGUACAACCUCAGGUGAUGACCAGCAGACCCUGGUCAGGAAGAUGGACGGAUGGAGCUAAAAGGAAAAUAAAAGCAUGUGUCCAAUACUAAGUAUCCCCAUACUUCAGUAACUCUAAAUUCUACUUUUAGAAGCAUGAGUGGUUUCCAGUCUGAGUUUAUCAGUAAUGGUUGUGGGGAAGCCCUGGCCCUUCUUCAGUCUCUCUGGAAGACUCGGGUCUACAGAGUUCAUGCUUCUUCACACUGGCUUCUGUUGAAAUGCUGUGUUUGAAAAAGUUUGUUUCUUCAGAGCUCAUGGUUGCAUCCAAACGUGUUUAGUGUGUACCUGCAAAUGUAUAUUUUAUUUAUUGUACAGACAAUCUUUAUGUUCUACAGGGCAGAUGUUUGGAGCUGUAAUGUUCUUCUACUCAUGUAUGUUUUUUAGAGUUGGUAGAAAACUCAUACAUGUCUGGUGGAACCGUAGAAAACGUUUGUUUUUAUCAUGUCUGUGAAGUGAUGGAACUCUGCUUAUCUGACAACUUUUGUACAAAAGAAUAUUGAAUAUUAAGAUGAGAAUAUUA